AGGAGGAGGAGGAGGAGGAGGAGGAGGAGGAAGAGGGCAGCCCGAGAGAAAGAGAGCGAGCCAGGGACGGAGGGAGCGGAGAGAGAGAGAGAGACGGAGGCACCAUGAACACGCGAGGCGAAGGAGCCGGCAAGCCCUCCACCUCAUCCGAGCCCGCCGCCCAGGAGCAACCUGCCGCCACAGAGCCGCCCAAGCGGGGCCGAGGCAGACCCAGGAAGCAGCCCCAAGAACCAACAGGAGAGCCAUCUCCUAAAAGACCAAGAGGACGACCUAAAGGAAGCAAAAACAAGAGUCCAUCUAAAGCAGCUCAAAAGAAAGCAGAAGCCACUGGAGAAAAACGACCAAGAGGCCGGCCUAGGAAAUGGCCACAGCAGGUGGUCCAGAAGAAACCAACUCAGGAACAGACUGGAGAUACAUCCUCACAAGAAUCUGCAGAAGAUGAUUAGAAGACCACACUUUGCAAUUUCUACCUCAUCAGCAGUUGGGUCUUUUGAAGGGAGAAGACACUGCAUUGACCACUUGCUUCUGUUGCCACAAUCUUUCUACUUUGGCCUGGGUGGGGAGGGGAGGGGAGGGACAUCUCAUAACCUUAAAAAGGACUUAUUAAUCACCUUUGUUGUAAUCCCUUCACGGUCCCGGCUUUAGUCAAAACUGCUGUAACAAGGGGGACACAGAUUAAUGGCGCAACAUUUAAUUACUGUUUUCUCUUAUUUUUCUUUAACCUACUAAUAGUUUUGUUUGAGCUGCUAAGUCAGGGCGAAUGGGUCAGUAAAUCUCUGAACCAGGUUUUAAGUCAUUCACUGCACUGCGUAUAAAUAAGACUUUUGUAAAAUAUUAAUUAUCAUGGGCAUUCAAAUAGAAAGGCCUUGGUGUUUGACACCAACCCUUACAACACCUCUGAAAACCCACUCCCUAGCUUAGUAAACUCCCUGUUUAGAACACCAAAGAUAAGGAAUAGAUACUACUCUUUCAUAGCCUUGUUCUAGUUUUGUGCCUGAUUUUUUUUAAUUACUAUCAUUUCAAGAUAUAUUGAAGGCUGGUUAUUUCUCCAUCUUAUUCAGUUGAUAUUCGGGAAACAAAAGCCACAAAAAAAGGGUACUUUGCCAAAAACAAAGAAAGAAAAAGGGAAAAUGACAAAGAUACAUUGUAUAUUAACUAAUACACAUAUAUCUGCAGAAGUAGUACAAAAUAGAACUCAACAGCUCACCUCUCUGGGAACAGAUUCAUAUCCUCUCGGGUUAGAAUAUGCUUUCUAGAGAGCUUCUCGUUGUUUAGAAGUGACUAACAUCAGAUAUUCUCUCCAGUUAGAGAUUUAGAAACUAGCAUUUGGAUUCUUCCAUGAACUUGAUACCUCAGAAUUAUUCUAUAUCACAGUCAUGCUGGAACCAAGGGAAAAAACUCAAUUCUCAGUUUGACUUCACCGAAUACUUUCAGACCAUUUCAUUGUUUCCAAAGGAGUGUCUCUCUCUCUCUUCUUCACUCACACAUCUCAAAACAAGAGCCAACAUGAUGUACCUCAAGUGAGCUUGUGAUAACAUUUAAGCAAUACAUUUUAAUAUAGGAUGGUUUUCUGGGCCGCUGGAUCCCAGUGACAAGUCCCCAACAUUUUCACUCAAAGCAGCACUUUUAACAACAAAUGCAAUAUCCUCCACUUUUCAAUACUACCUCUGAUAUUUACAUGUAACUCAGCAGUCAUAUAAACAUUUGCUGCUAUAAUCAUACAAUGCAGGAAAUUAUUAUUGGGUAGGUAAUCAUUAAUUGCUGCAUUUUCCCCUUAUUUCUAUUUUUGUCACCUAAUUACAGUUAAGGACACAAUAUCUUUAGUGUUUCCAUCAUAACUAUGUAUUUCUUUUUAAAAAUGUACUAUGCCUUUUCUCUGCUAAAUUUCUAUGUAAUGUACCAUUAACUUGAAUAUAUUUUUGUACCGAAUUGCUCAUAAGGUUUGUAAGGAUAAUUUUUUUUCAGUGACACUACAUAACUACAAAAUAAUUAACUGCAAUGUUUAAAUAUUACUGUCCAAGUUUGUACCUCAGCUGAAUUUUUUUAAAAAAAGAAAUGGACUAGAUGAUUGACAAAGACCUACCUCCAGACUAUAAAUGGAAUGAACUUGUUGUUUCUUUCAGCAUUAAUUUUUGAGAAGAUUGAAACAUUUCGGACUGCAAACAAACAAACAAAAAAGAAUCCCUAUUAAAACUAUUUUUUAUAAAAGAUUUUUUUGUGAACACAUGACUAUGGUAUUAAAAAGAACCUUUCAAAGAAACGUGAAUCUUUGUAGGUGAGAGGCAACAAGCUCAGCUUUUUGCAUAAUGCAAUCACAAAUAUUUGUGUGUGUUUAAAAAAAAAUACUAGUAGAUUGUGUGAGAAUACUUGCCAAGUAUUUUCAUGUAUUUUUCACAAAUGUGAUUUUUUUUUUGUAAUAUGUGGCAACCAGAUUUAUUUUAAAUGAUUCUUAUGUACUCCGUCUCUUCUUCCCCUUUCCCUGCCUCCAUCUCUCUGUCUCACACACGGUCAAUAUGUCUGCAUCUUAACAUUGUUUUACUGUAUGGGUCAGGGGUAGUUUCUCAGGAAUGCGUUCUUCCGUAUGCCUUUUAGUACUUAGCCAGAUUCAGCUACCGAAAAGUCCUUCCUGGCUGCUUCACAAGAAGGAAUAUGAAGAUAUGAGCACCUCCCCAAAUAACAAGAAUACCUCUUGUUGAGGAUUGCUACAAAAAUCAUUAAGAGAAGUGCAACUUAGAUGUCUUAAUGUUACCUAACUUGUGAAUAAUUGUACUUCUGGGCUUUAGUCCUAUCCAUUCAAGACAUUGCCCAGAACCCAAAGCACUGUUCCACUUCCAUGUGGAAGACUGUUCAGGUACCCUAUUCAGAGGUAGCCCCUGAAUCUACCCCAUCCCAAGCAGUCUGCAGGGCUCUCUAAUACAGUGGCCCACUAAGCACAAGGGUAAUACCCGAUUAACAGAUAGGUACACUGGGUCAGGACUCUUAAAAUAAUAUAAUACAUUAAACCACAGAGUUUUAAGAUUCAUAUGCCACACGCCAAGGCUCCAGUGCUCAUUAAAACUCCACUCAGUAAGGGAGUUAUGCCAUUCUCGUCAGUUUUAGUGAGUAUUCUGGAUAUGCAUUAGGAAAUCCUCCUGGUGUAUGUGGGAAUAUUAUCUGUCAUUGAACUAUAAUUGUGCUACCCUUGUUUAUAUGGAGCUCCAUGUGCUGGAUCAGCUUAACAGCAUGAAACAAAUGUUGCUAGUUCAUGUAGGUGAGACAUCAACUCCAAGGGACUUUCAACUCAGAUCAAAUCCAAUCUUGUACUUUCUGUAUAUUGUAGAACAAUCAAAACACAUUACUACCUCUCAGGGUCUUCUAUACCUCAUUUUUCAGGCUAAAAAAACUGGUUUGUGGCCAUUGAAACAGAGAGAACAUCAUAAAAUUUUUAUAUAUAUAGUUUAUUUUUGUGGGAGAUAAAUUUUAUAGGACUGUUCUUUGCUGUCAUUGGUCACUGCUAAAUAAGACUGGACACUAACUUCCCUGCCAUUUCUGCAAGACAGAUACGCUCGCAGAGGAAAGAUAUCAAAAUGUAUAACUGCAGUUUACUUUUUUCCUGUUUUCUUUGCCUGUAUCCUAGCUCUUUGCUUUGUUAUUCAUAUAGAGUUGCUGUCUAUGAUUGUACUUUGAAUUGCUUGCUUGUUGAACAUGUUUCUUUAAUGGAUUAUCACCUUCUGUUCAGCGCGAUAAACAUAAUAGCCUCUGUAACCCCCCAUGUUAUUUGAUUCCUAGCAUUUUGUCACAGCUCCAUGAAAUAAGCAAUAAAGUUUGGUCCCAGUGGACCAAGUUUGUAAAAAAAAUGAAA